CAAAAAACGAGAAUCGCACACAUCCACACACACGAAGCCAGAAGGUGAACAGACGAACAGAGACAGUGGACGAGGCACCCCACCACACCAACACACAGCAGCACCACCAUCAUGAGCUCAGCCAAACAAGGAGGCGAUGACCCGCUGCAGCUGGACCCUGCAGAGCAGAGGCUCAUCAACGAGGAAUACAAGAUCUGGAAGAAGAACACACCAUUCCUGUAUGACAUGGUCAUGACACACGCCCUCGAGUGGCCUUCGCUGACUGCACAAUGGCUUCCCGACGUGACCAGGCCGGAAGGCAAGGACUACAGCACCCACCGCAUCAUCCUCGGCACCCACACGUCUGGUGACGAGCCAAACUACCUGAUUGUGGCCAAUGUGCAACUGCCAAACUCGGACGCAACCAUUGACGCACGCAAAUACGACGACGAGAAAGGAGAGUAUGGCGGCUUUGGUUCGGUGGCCGGCAAGGUGGAGGUCAAGGUCCGCAUGAACCACCCAGGAGAAGUGCACAGGGCGCGGUAUAUGCCGCAGAACCCGCACAUCAUCGCCACGAAGACGCCGCAGCCGGAUGUGCUCAUCUACGACAUCACCAAGCACCCGUCCCAGCCAAAGGCCGGCGACGAAGAGGUCAACUGCCAACUGCGCCUGCGCGGCCACACAAAGGAAGGCUACGGCCUCUCGUGGAACCUGCACAAGGACGGCCACCUCCUCUCCGCAGCCGACGACAUGCUCGUGUGUCUGUGGGACAUCAACCAAGGCACAACUGGCGACAACGUCCUCGACGCAACGACAAAAUUCUCAGGACACUCCGCCAUCGUUGAGGACGUGCAAUGGCACGCGCUGCACGAUUCCCUCUUUGGCUCCGUCGGCGACGACUGCUUCCUCAACAUCUGGGACACGCGUGUUGGUGACAGCACGCGGCCGCGCCACAGCAUCAAGGCCCACGAUCGUGAGGUCAACUGCCUCUCCUUUAACCCCUUUUGCGAAUACAUCCUGGCGACAGGUUCAGCCGACGAGACGGUGGCGCUGUGGGACAUGCGCAACCUCAAGGUGAAACUCUUCUCGCUCGAGUCCCACACCAACGAAAUCUUCCAGGUACAAUGGUCGCCGCACUACGAGACGAUUCUUGCGUCGAGCGGCACGGACAGGCGCGUUCACGUCUGGGACCUCAGCAAAAUCGGGGACGACCAGUCUGCGGAAGACGCCGAGGACGGCCCGCCAGAACUGCUGUUUGUGCACGGCGGCCACACGUCGAAGAUUUCCGAUUUCUCCUGGAACCCCAAUGACCCAUGGGUGGUGGCCAGUGUCGCUGAGGACAACAUUAUGCAGAUUUGGCAGAUGGCCGAGAACAUUUACAACGACCAGGAGGUGGAUAUCCCUGCCGCCAGCCUCCCGUGAUGACAUAUGCUGUGCAAGUACAUGUGUGUGUGUGUGUGUAUUUGUGUGUGUGUGUGUGUGUGUGUGUGUGUGUGUGUGUGUGUGUGUGUGUGCGUACAUGCGUACAUGCGUGUGCCAUGCAUGCCCUUGUCACAUGUGCUCGCGCCAUAUUUCUUUGCGUCAUACUCCCCUGCGUCCAACGACGCGUCUCUUUUUCCCUAGCCCCGUCUUCUCUGUUUUUGUUUGUCAACGUGAACCUGGUGCUGUUGUAUGUGGGCUACCGCUGAGAACCCCGCUAACAAAUGAAACAUCGAUAGAAUCAUG